CCAUCCAUCCAUCCAUCCAUCCAUCCAUCCAUCCAUCCAUUAUCCAUCCAUCCAUCCAUCCAUCCGUUAUCCAUCCAUCCAUCCAUCCAUCCAUCCAUCCAUCCGUCCAUCCAUCCAUCCACCAUUCAUCCAUCCAUCAUCCAUCAUCCAUCCAUCCAUCAUCCAUCCAUCAUCCAUCCAUCCCUCCAUCCAUCCCUCCAUCCAUCCAUCCAUCCAUCCAUCCAUCCAUCCAUCCAUCCAUCAUCCAUCAUCCAUCCAUCCAUCCAUCCAUCAUCCAUCCAUCCAUCCUCCAUCCAUCCAUCAUCCAUCAUCCAUCCAUCCAUCCAUUCAUCCAUCAUCCAUCCAUCCAUCCAUCCAUCAUCCAUCAUCCAUCCAUCCAUCCAUCCAUCCAUCCAUCCAUCCAUCAUCCAUCCUUUCAUCCAUCAUCCAUCCAUCCAUCCAUCCUUCCAUCCUCCAUCCAUCCAUCCAUCCAUCCAUCCAUCCAUCAUCCAUCCCUCCUUCAUCCAUCCAUCAUCCAUCCAUCCAUCCAUCCAUCCAUCCAUCCAUCCAUCCAUCCACCAUUCAUCAUCCAUCCAUCCAUCUAUCUAUCCCUCCCUUCAUCCAUCAUCCAUCAUCCAUCCAUCCAUCAUCCAUCCGUCAUCCAUCCAUCCCUCCCUCCAUCCAUCAUCCAUCAUCCAUCCAUCCAUCAUCCAUCCAUCA